CAUCUACUAUGGCGCAUAGAAACAGAUUCGCAUGUCAACUGCAUCCUUCCCCCGUACGCCACACCUAAACCGUCAUCAGUCAAGACUUUUACCCCCUGGAACCCGAAGCCAAUAGUCGCAACUAUUUUACAACCGGAAGAAUCCAGAAUGCCGAUGACAUUCUCCAAGUCAAUGUCUCGAUCCUUUGAUGAACGCCUCAGCGGUACACCCGGGCGCCACUGCGACGCACAAGCCCGAUAUUCAAACCCCGAUCACCUGUUCUGUGGAGGGUAUUGUUCAUGCACACCCCGAAACAACCUUGGCACUUACAGUCUAUAUGUACCGACGGGCAAAUUACGCCGUAGAGAAGAGGCUUGCAAGCACAUAAGUGGUUGUCAUUGCUGGCAAGCCUUGUGGUUUCAUCCCUUGUGCGCCAAGAUUGCCUGA